CUUAAAGUUAUUAUGGGCACCGAUUGUGGAUUCGGUUUAUUGGAGGCGAUUGGGACGUCGAAAAUCGUGGAUGGUGCCGUGUCAGUACCUGAUCGGUAUAUUCAUGUUGGUUUUAUCGUAUAAAGUGUCCGAUAUCAUGGGCGAGAACGGAUCUCAAGCCGGUAAAGCACCGAAUGUACUGUUUUUGAUGUUUGUAUUUCUUCCACUCAAUUUUUUGGCCGCCACUCAGGAUAUUGCCGUUGAUGGGUGGGCAUUGACCAUGCUGUCCAGGGAAAUGUUGGUUUGCCUCAAAGAAAAGUUCCAAAAAAUACGGAGGAAGAACGUAGGAUAUGCAUCGACUUGCAAUGCAGUCGGUCAAACGGCUGGUUUCUUUCUAGGGAAUGUCGUUUAUUUAACACUUGAUUCGCCGGAUUUUGCCAAUCGAUUCUUUAGGAGUACACCACAACCAUAUGGACUCGUCUCACUGUCUGGUUGGUUUCAUUCGAAUUUGUUAUUGGAUUGCUCAUUCAGUGUAUUUGUUCAUGGAUGA